GCUUUACAUAAUGGAACAAUGAUUCAGGCUAAAUUAAAAUUACUGACGAUAUUUUUCAUUUGACUACGAGCGGCCCUGAUCUGAAAGUGAAACAAGAAUAUGUUGUGUAAAAAUUGUUCGUCACUGCUUAAUCGUUUCGUUAACAACGCUUCUUGUCGAUCCCUUUCAAGACUUCUGUCAUCGAAAACCUACAAUGAUUGGAAUAAGGCUGUGUCGGAUGCGGAGAAGAUUGUUGGCUACCCGACAUCGUACAUGAGUCUUCGGUGCUUAAUCAGUGACGAGUUCUCUAACGUCGCGAUGCACCUUAGAAAGUUAGUGGGCACGCGUCACCCGCUUCUAAAAACUGCAAGAGGGUUGCUUCAUGUUGGAAAACAGAACACACAAACCAGAGGUUUAAUUGUGCUUCUCAUUGCCAAAGCAGCAGGACCAGGACCAGCUGAACAAAUAAAAGACCAAGAACCAGACAAGAUCAGUGGAAUAUACUCUAGUCAAAGGUCUCUCGCAGAGGUGACAGAAAUGAUCCACAUGGCUAAUCUCAUUCACAAAGGGGUGGUGAACCUCUCAGACUACCUGGAGAGUGAUCAGAGAGAGAAAAAUGACAUGGAAUUUGGAAACAAAAUGGCAGUGCUAAGUGGGGACUUCUUGCUGGCCAAUGCCUGUACAGAAUUAGCCACUCUAAAUAACACUCAUGUUGUGGAAUCAAUGUCCUUGGCCAUCACUGACCUAAUGGAGGCUGAAUUCACCGACCUCAGGAAUGACAAUGGAGAGUCAUUGCUAAAACCGGACAUACAGUUUUCUGAUUGGAUAAAACAGACUUAUCUAUCCUCAGGUAGUUUACUAGCUCGGAGUUGUCGGUCAGCAGUGGAGCUCGCUGAUCAUAGAGAGGACCAAAGGGAGGCUGCAGCCUCAUUUGGAGAAAAUAUGGCAUACCUUCAGCAGGUAAAAAAUGAUCUAAAGCCCUUUUUGAGCAAAGACAAUGGAUUGGAGGACUUCAGUGUGACAUCUGCUCCUGUCAUUAAGUUCCUGGAACGACAUCCAGAUGAAAGGAAGACGUUCACUUCCCUACAAACAAAGGACCAGCACCAGAUUUUUUCUAUAAUAAAGUCGUCCAGUGUGGUAGCAGAGUGUGUUAAACUCUGUGAUAGCUAUGGGGACACUGCCAUUAAAUCCUUAGAUGUUUUCCCUCAAACAGAAGCUAAGAAUGCCUUGAUAAACAUUGUUAAUGCAACCGUUAACUCUUGACACACCAGAGAGAAGUUCAGCUGAAGAGAGUCUGCCUAGGAUGUAUACUGGUAUCUUCAUUGGGAUUGUGAUUUUUAUAUUUGAAUAAGUGUUUGACAGAGCUGCAGUUUGAGAGAUGGUGUGGUGUUUCGAAGUCUGUUAUCUGAAAAAUGCUGUGGAGUUUUAAUGAAUACAUAGAAGCAUUGUCUAAAACUUGUUAUAUAUUUAGUUUUUGGAUUUUAUUAUUUAAGAGUGGGGGUGUAGGAGGGGUGGGGGUUUAGGAUUUAAAUUCAUUUUAUUUUCGUUUAUUGUGUUUAAAAAACUAAAUCUUAUUUGAGAAGCAUCCAAGGUUUAUUUUUUCAUGAAAUGAGUUACCAUGGUUAUAUUUUCAAUUUUGAUAGCUUAAUGUUGUACUAACUGGAAGGAUAAAAAAAUUAAAGAUGUAAAGGACUGCCCCCUGCCCCCUCCCCCCCACCCCCCAACCAUCUACCGGUAAUUUUUUCUUUAAAAAAAAAUCAUUGACAAAACACGUGAUCUUUACACUAUGAGGCUCCUAGUCUUUAUCAUUUUGACGUUUGAAUUUAUGAAAGGUUGAACCAAACGAAUAAAUCAAACUAACAUUUAAAUUUAUUUACAUCACUUUAAAUGACUAAGCUUCAGUGCAGUGGACUGUAUAAAUCAUUAAUGACACUGAGUGAUUUGGCAUUUACAAAUGGACAUAUUGUCUAAAAGACACAAUCAAUAUCUAGGAACUCGCGGCACUCAUUGUGUCCGUCACGUGAAAGUUCGAUUGAACUUCUUGGUUUUAUGGAUGUUUGCUUUACAGAUGCAUUAAUUUAUUACAAAUGUUUUUGUGUUGAUUAAACAAGAAUUAUCUGCAAUUUUCUGUUCAAGGUCAUUUCACGGCGAAGAGUCACAAAGAAGUCAACGUUUGGUUUUACCCCCUCAGAUUAUUUGUAAUGUAUCGGUAGACUUUAAAAAUUAUUCUUGUAUGGAUCAGACUUCAUGGAUAUCAUGAUUAUGGCAUCACUUUCGCACAUCACUAAAAUAUCUAUUAAAUAGAGAACGGACGUUUUAACCAUUUUUAACCAUUUUUGCACAAAUGCUUAUCAAGAUUUAUAAGAAAUCAUUAUUUGAAAGUUUUUUGUUUGUUUUUUUUCAAAUUAAAAAGCGAAUUUUGCUUUGAUUGUUUGUUCUGUAAAGUAAAGAGUGUUUUAAAGUUUAAUAACAAGCAGUGUACAUGUGUACAUUACAAACACUCCCCUGGAAAUUUUGAAAACUUACGUGGAAAAAAACCCCUCGUACAUAUAUAUAAAGUCUUCAGAGUUUGAGAAGUUUUAGUUGUUUGGCAAUUAAAUUAUAACGUUUUAUGAUUAUUAUUUGCUGUUACGUGAUACCUUAUCACUGCUAGUCUAAAUUACCAUACUAUAUCAUUUUUCCUGCAUUUGAGUAAUAUCGCAAUAAUUAUAAACGAUAAACGGCCAUUAAACCAAGCAAAUUGAAAUUACAUGUAUGUAAAUAAGGAAACUGAAGUUUCUUCCUUGUAGGCCGACUCUAAUUGAUUGUUUUUAGUAAUAAUAAAAUGAUUUUGUUCGUGUC